AUGCGUAAUUUAGUGAGAAAUCGUCGUCGAUUGACAACACAUUUUGACCUGUACGAAACGAUGCGCGACUUAGCCGAAUUGGAAUCAAUUGAAUCGCAUACAAUUGAAGAACGUGCCAAAGAGCUCGAAGGAAUUGAGCCAAUGCCUCGCGGGAUCAGCUUAUUUUUACCCAUUCCAACGACAAGAUCAUGUUACAACGCUGCCAUUUCACCACACUGGUGUACAUGCCAUGAACGAACUGAAUUGACGGCAACCGAUCAACGCAUCAGCGAAGUGGCUCGACGGAUUGUGGGCCAAAUGAAUGACAUGAUCAAACCAUAUCCACAGUGUCGACGCUUACAAUUGAACUCCGUUCUUAGUGCCAAUUUAGGAACAUCCAGUACGAUCUUUCGAAAUGUAACCAAUCAUUUCGUUGAUGUCGCAGUCCAGCUACAAACACGACCUGGUCUUGGUGAAUUCGAAGCAACCGCUCGCAUUCACGAAAACAACGACUUCGAAUUGACCGGAACGAUUAGCCGAACCAAUUUGUAUGGGAAGCAAAGUCACUGUGUCGACGAUUACAAAAUGAAAUUGUACUGCUUUUGUGAUAGUCUAGCAUAAGAAUGCAAUCUAAAAAUAUAUGAUGACAAUACCAAAUCCUUUUCUUUGUUAUGAUAUUAUAUUAAGCAUUGUGUAGGAGAGAAGAGUUAACCUUUUUACGCGUUAAUGUAUUGAAGUUUCGCAAGCUUUUCAGUUGAAUGUAACUUAUAGAUAGUGCACGUUUAUUGAAAUCGAUUGUAAACGCAUAAUCAUUUGUUAGCUUUUUUUACACCAUGUGUAAAAAUUACAUAAUAAAGUGCAUUGAAACAUGA